AUCAUUUCCGGUUCAUUUGUGAUAACCGGAUUGUUGUCAUGUUUCCUCUACACUGUCGCAGUGUCGUCAGACGCUGUUCAUUCCUGGUUGAUUAAUAACUCGUAACAAAAGCAGGACGUUCUGAUCUGGAUAAUACUAUUCAAACCGUUUUUCGCAGAAUCAUUGGACACUAAUCAUUCCUGGCCGAUGUUAGACAAACUCGUAACGAAAACAGACCAUUCUGAUCAGAAUAAUACCAUCCAAAACGUUUUCACCAGGCCUGUCCGAAAACCAAGAACCUGUAUUAUAAUGUAUUCCUGUGAUGACAGAUGCUUACAAUGUGAGGUUUCAUCAGAGCAUUGUAAAACCAAUUCUAAACCGGAAAUACAUACCACAGAAGAUUCUUCUGGCAAACCUUUCAAAUGUGGAUGUGUCCAAUUUGAGGUUUCGUCAUCAGAGCACUACAAAACCGAUUCUAAACCGGAAAUACAAACCUCCGAAGACUCUUCUGGGAAACCUUUCAGAUGUGGAAUGUGCCUGAAGUGUUUCACUUACAAGAGUCAGGUUAUGCAACACAUGCGGGUCCACACGGGUGAACGACCAUUUCAAUGCGAGGUCUGCAAGAAGUGUUACCUGCGCAGGAUUUACCUGACACAGCACAUGCUGGUUCACAGCGGAGUCAAGGGGUUCACGUGUGAGGUGUGCAGAAAGUGUUUCUAUCGCAAGAAGUACUUGAAGCGACACAUGGUUGUUCAUACUGUUAACAGUUUCAAAUGUAACGUGUGUGAGUCGUGUUUCUCACGCAGCUUCCAGCUAAAAGAGCACAUGUUGAGUCACUCUGGUGUCAAGAAUUUCAAAUGUGAGACGUGUGCUAAAUCGUUUUAUCAGCCAAUUUGAUUGAAAUCGGUUGAUCUAUAACGUUUUGAUCUGACACCAUUGACUCCCAUAUCCAGGUCUGUACACAGGCGUGGAUGCUUAGGUUUGUAGGGGGGGGGGGGGGGGGGGGGUGGGGGGAGAGGUCGGGGCGGGACGCCGGAUAUUGUAAAUGAUGUUCGAACCAAUUAGCACCAAUUAGUACAUGUAUAUAACGGGUUACGCAAACAGUAAAUGAGUUGCAUGGAUUUUUUUUCUGCGUAACCGAUUAAUGGGUCACGCAGAUUUUCAAUUCUCAGAGGCCUGUCAUAGCACACAUUAUUACAUAGCUACGGCCCUGAUUCCACGUGUAGUCUGUGUCUGUAUAGUAUGGAAAACAUAAAUAAACAACUUCUUUA